AUGGCUAUCACGUACCUCCUUAACUUAUUUUCUAAUAUUUUAAAUUCUAAUCCAGCCUCUCAAAAUUUUCAACAAGAUUUAAAGAUAACAUGGGGAAAUGAUAGGGGAAAGAUUGUUGAUAAUGGACAGAUUAUGACCCUUACACUUGAUAAUUUUUCAGGUUCUGGUUUUGAAUCUAAUUUUGAGUAUCACUUUGGUAAGAUUGAUAUGCAGAUCAAGCUUGUUCCCGGUAACUCUGCUGGAACUGUUACAGCUUAUUAUCUAUCAUCAGUGGGUGAUAAUCAUGAUGAAAUAGAUUAUGAAUUUCUUGGGAACAUAAGUGGACAACCAUACACAGUACACACCAAUGUAUAUGCCGGAGGGAAAGGGGAUAGAGAGCAACAAUUUCACCUUUGGUUUGAUCCAACUGCUGAUUUUCACACUUACUCUUUCCUUUGGAAUCCCCAAACAGUCAUAUUUUCCAUAGAUGAAACACCAAUAAGGGAAUUCAAGAAUAGAGAAUCAAUUGGCAUUCCAUUUCCAAAAACCCAUGCAAUGAGACUCUAUUCGAGCUUAUGGAAUGCAGACGAUUGGGCAACUCAAGGAGGUCGAGUCAAGACGGAUUGGAGUCAAGCGCCAUUUACUGCCGCUUACAAGAAUUUUAAGGCCGAUGCAUGUGUUAGGGCCGCUGGGAGAACUUCUUGUGGCCCACAAACAGUUGCUUGGAUGACAAAAAAGCUUGACGGUUUGAGUCUGAAUAGGUUAAAGUGGGUCCGAAGGAAUUUCAUGAUUUAUAAUUAUUGUGAUGAUACAAAGAGGUUUCCUCAAGGCCUUCCUAAAGAAUGUCAAGUCCGUGAGUAAAAUAUCUUUUAAAAAGUAAUAUUUUCUCCAUACUUUGAAUUUGCAUUUCAAAACUCAAUAUUGAGCGCUUUUUGAGUUUUAAGAUGUAAACUCAAAGAGACAGAGGAGGUAUUUUCUAGCUAUCUAUGUUUAGAAGCUCUUGUAUGUAAUCUUUAUGAUCUUCUUCUUACUUUGUCCAACUGAUCUUUUUGAGGUUGA